GGGUGGAACUUCUCAGAGAAGCAUGGGCAUUUACGUCAGCACCCUCAAAACGGAGCUCACGCAGGGCAUGAUCUUGCCCGCGCUGAAUGGAGAGUCAGUAGCCCCCACUGGUCAGCCAGUACCCAGAACUAAGGAGUACAAGGCUAAAUCUGCUCCUUCAAAAACCCAGACCAGACCUGUUGGUGUCAGAAUCCCCACUUGUAAGAUCUCCCUUAGAGACACCUUCCUGACAUCACCAGGAGAGUUCUCCACAGCACUUACUGCCCGAGAGCUGGUUCGGGCCUUGACCCACGCUCCUGCAACGCUAGAAGCAGACAAAGGUGUGAAGUUUCACCUGGAAGAGGGCAAUGUCACUGGGGAAUUCACUGAUCUGGUCUCUGAGAAGCAUACUGCGAUGACGUGGAGGUUCAAAUCUUGUCCUGGAGGGCACUUUGCCACCAUCACCUUGACCUUCAGUGAUAAGAAUGGAGAGACUGAACUGUGCGUGGAAGGCUGAGGCAACCCUGCUCCUGAGGAGGAGAGGCCAGGCAGGGCUGGCAGCGCUUCCACUUCGA